AUGGAUUAUUGUCCUGGAUUGGAUGAGAUUGUUUCUGAUCUCUCUUUUUGGAAUUUGGCAAAUUUGGCUCGUGAUAGAGGUUCUCAUGAUGUGUUAACUACUUUUUUGGUAGUUGCUUGGGGACUAUGGAAUAGGAGAAACAAGUUUAUUUAUGAGGAUGUAUCUCUGAAUAUAAAUACUGAUGUUAAUAAUGUUUUGUCAUUAAAACAAGAGUAUACUAAGGUGCAGGUUUUUCAUGGGUUUGAUAAAAGGAUCAAUCAUGUUGUGUAUUGGCAUCCCCCUCCCAUAGGUUGUCUGAAAUUAAAUAUUGAUGGUGCUACAUUUAGUGACUCUUUUUCUGCUGGGGUUGGGGUUAUUUUGAGAGAUCAUAAUGGGGAUGUUGUGGUAGCUGCAACCAAGGUGGAAAGUGAGGUUUCUUUAACUGUAUUUAUUGAAGCCAUUGCUUUGUUGAGAGGCAUACAACUGUGUGUUCAGUGGGGGUACCUAAAAUCAUAUUAG